AAUCAAAACAUUUUGACGUUCAAGAUGUCCAUCACAAUAAUUGGUUUAUGAGCCCUAAUCUUAGAUCUACUUAUUUGACAGUUGCUUUGAGAAACAAAACCAAGAAAAGGGGAAAGCAGAUCAGUGAUACGUCUGACCCAAAGCCCAACAAAAAGCGAAAGCAGAUUGAUGAAACGUCUGAACGAAUAGCCCAACAACCCAGGACAGUGAAAGCUAUCAGGGUCCAUAAAUUUGGUGGACCAAAGAUUUUGAAGCUUGAUGAUGUUGAAACCUCAGAGCCUAUGGAGGGUGAAAUUUGCCUGAAACUCAAAGCUGCCAAGGUUUGUGCGUUCGACACUCUUUUGCGUCGUGGUCUUGGGAAGGACUAUGAUCUACCUUUGCCCUAUAUCCCAGGUUGGGACUCGGUUGGAAUAGUAAAGGCUGUGGGAACAGGAGUAACUCAUUUAAAAGUUGGAAAUCUAGUAUAUUAUGCUAGCUCGGAACCUCACGGAUCAUGUAUUGAAGAAAGAAAUGUUCCAUCUGACAAAGUAAUUAUACUCCCACCAGAAGUUGAUCCAAUUUUUGCAUCUGCCUAUACACAGCUCGCUAUGAUGGCUCGCUACCUGGUUACCCAGGUCAAAAGCGGACACAUUGUACUAGUUCAUGCAGGAGGUGGCACUUUGUGUGGGUAUUUUCUCACACAGUGGGCCUCUAAUUUAGGAGCUACCGUUAUUUGGACUGUGCCCCCUUCCACAGAUUCACUGUUAUUAGAGAAGAUGGUUAAAGCAGCAAAGGGUGCUAAAUGUAAGCAUGGCAUGAUGAUUUCAAGGAAUGCUUAGCCUGCUUAAAGCCUAAGGGACAUAUGGUGAACUUUUGCUCUUUCUCGGGCAAACCGGAGAUAGCUGUUUCUACUCUCGCCCAAAAGUCUAUAUUCUUCUGUAGUCCUGACAUGAAACAUUACUUAGAAAACCGAGAUGAACUGAUUCAGAGUGCCAUGGAAGUGUUUGA